AUGUCAGUAAAACUAUACUUCUUUCCAGAAGUUUCCACCCCUCUCAAACGGCCAGUACCUGAAAAAAGAAUGCUGAACAGAAUAGCUCACCUCCCCCUCCCCCACCCCGGCCCCCAACAGAACCCCCUCACCUCCCCCACACCUCCCCCACCCCGGCCCCCAACAGAACCCCCUCACCUCCCCCUCACCUCCCCCACCCCGGCCCCUCACCUCCCCCUCACCUCCCCCUCACCUCCCCCACACCUCCCCCACCCCGGCCCCCAACAGAACCCCCUCACCUCCCCCACACCUCCCCCACCCCGGCCCCCAACAGAACCCCCUCACCUCCCCCUCACCUCCCCCACCCCCACCCCGGCCCCCAACAGAACCCACAUUACUUUAUAA